CCCGUCAUUGUAUAUUCUAUGUACUCCUCUAAUUAAUGGAAAGGAAAUAACUGGCUGAUCAGCUGCUAAAGCAAAAGCAGCUUGGACUUUGAGAAGUAGGAAUUUAUUAAAUUGAUCUUAAAUUUUCAACGCAAUUCGUCAUAUUGUUUAAACCUAUUUUGAUUAGAAUUUUAUAAUAGUUGAUUCCAAUUUUACCCCAGUUUAUUUUUUGCGUAGCCGAUUGGCGAGUAGCACAAUACAUUGUCAUUGUCGUUUUGACUACUGUACUGUACUGUACGUGAGUGUGAGUGACAGUGCACACCUAAGCCUAAAAUAAAAGUAAAUAAGUAACAAAAAUAUAUGGAUAUCAUUGAAUAUAUUAAAUAAAGAUAGCAUAGUUAGUGUGAUUAGUGAUAGUAUUUAAGUAUUUACAAAUUAUUUCAGCAUGCACAGUAGAUCAGUCUAUCAAGUUAGUAGGCCAACGCCUACUAAUUUAGUAAUAUUAUAUAGUAGUAAUAUUUAUUUUAAAUCAGUGUUAAAUCAGUCAGUGUAACCUGUGUAGUCUAGCAGUUAGUAGUCUUCAUAAUUUUUUGUUACAGUUACAGUAAUGAGAUUAAAACUGAAAUAAAUAAGAAAAAAUAACAAAACAAAAAAUUUUUAAAAAUUGCGAGGUGGACCAGGUUUUAGAGGCAUAGGCAUAGGCCUAAAAUUACUAAAAAUAAUAUGAGCCAGUAUCAUGUAUGCCAGUCAGUAUGAAAAUAGGCCUUGUUAUUAGUUAUCUUUACUAUAGUUUAUCUAGUCAGACUCUAAGUCUAGUGUCAAGGCCCCACUUAUUUAAGUUAUUAAGACAAUUAAGUAUUAAGAAAUAGUAUAAUUAGUAUAUUAGUAAAUAGCCAUAGUCAUAGGCCAUAGGCCUAUAUUAUAGACUUUAUACUGUAUUAUAAAAUAGACCUACUACUACUACUAUAUAAUUUAUAAUAUAUUAUAAAUUAUAUACUUUAUAAUUUAUAGUUGUCGGGAAGUAGUGGCCAAUACUGUCACAGAAUGGUUGUUGCGGAGGAGGGCUAAGGUCCUGACAUAUAACAAACUAUACUAAUUUAGUUGUAGUUAGUAGUUAGUACACGUCUGCUCCUCUCUGUGAUUAUAUUUUGGGUGUCUUAGGCGUUGGGGCAGACAAAGCACAACUUAAAUUUAAUGAAAACUCACAACUCUAACUCCAGGUGUAUGGAUGAUAUAUACCGGUAUGUAUUAAUUUCUUGAUGUUACAACAAUUAAAGCUAAGUCUAUCGAAGAAAAUGUAACCUUUUCAAAAGCAUCUAAUAUCCUCUCUCCCUUACCGGAGGUGCCCCAACCGCUCAUUCAUAUUCAUGAUCUAUCAAACUUGGUGCGACCCAUAGGGAAGUCCCGAACAAAACAAAACCAUUACGCACUGAUUACAACUGAGCUCUUUCCUAUAUCCCCACCCGAGUCAUUUGUGACAUAUAUAAAAAGGCUAGUAUUACCACUAGUAUAAUUAACAAAUUAUUAGUAUUUUAUAGGGCAGGGCAUGGCUAUAAACUACACUAUUGACUAUUGAAGUAGGGUGAAUAUUAAUUAAGACAAAGUCAAAUUAUUAGUAUUAUAGGGCAUACACACACAUUACCUACAAAUAUUGAAGUAGGGAGAAGACGGAGAGUAAGAGAAGACGAAGAUUAAGACUAAGUCAAAAACAAACUGUUAAACACUGUUGUCAGUAGGGAGAAAUUAAUCUCCUAUUUACAUGUAUGGCUCGUUCCAAAACAGUACAUAACUAAAGACGAUACCAAAUGAUGAAAAAAAAUUAACAAAAAAUACAAGAAUACGAUACUGGAAACAGGGCUAAUUACAAUUAAUAAGUUUUAUUAAGUUAAUAAUAAGUACAAAAGUAAAAAAGAAAUAUAAUUAAAAACUAUUAACUUACAGUAAAUUGUGUGGCUGAAGCCAGUUCAAUGUCGAAUAAAACACAAUGUGCUAAAAAAGUUACAAAUAAUGAAAAGAAGUCUACUGUAAACAAAGCACUCACACGUUCCAAAAUAACUCUCUCUUGCUGUCUGCGCCUCUCUCUCUCGUAUGCGUGCCACUAGCCUGUAUUUAUAGUCUAUUCCAUAGAAGAAUCGAGGUCAGAAUACGCAUCGUAAUAGUGACUUAAAUGUUCUACAGUUUUCUUCCGUAUUCGAGUAAAGAAACGGACGAUAGAUUGGUUUGUGGUAAACGAGACCAAAGGGAGUAAGACACACCAAAUAAUAACGCAGGCAAAUUGGGGUCAGCUUAAGGUUGUUCGCCAGGUAAAGAUUAAAUGAGAGUAAAAAUAAAAAACAUUUCUGAUCUGCUAAAAUUAUUUUUUAAAAGUAAAUAAAUCAGCUAUUCUUAGCCUACGCACUGGAUGACUAGUAUCACUAGCUGUUCUUAUGUUUUAGUCUAAUCCGUUAAUAGUCUUGUCUAACUAGGUUAUUUAAUAAAAUUUAAUAGUUAAUUAUUUUCAUAGCUUUAGCUGCAUAGCCUCAGCUAAUAAUAAAUGUCUACUUUUCCAACCAUACUCUGUUAAUACUAAAUCAAUCUAAUAAGUCACUCAAUCACUACUACUAGUAGUAGUACCAGUCACUGAAUUCUAAUGUUUAAAAAUAUCAGUAGGCCCUACUAUAAUACUAUUAGUAUUCUGCUUUUCAAAUUUACCACCCAUAACAUGACACUAGCUUUAAAAUUCACAAAGUCAUAGUUAGCCUUUAAAUUAGAAGUAUCAUAAAUGUAUAAGCAGUGAUUAAGUAGGCUUAACAUUAAAGACAAAAGGAGUAAAAGAUGUCAAAGAAGUUGUCAUUUUGUUCAUUAUAUAGGACUAGCUCCUUUUUAAUUUAUACAUAAUCUGUAUAAUAAUCUGUAUUAUACAUUUUUAUGCUUUGAAUGAUUUUAUACAUUAUAUUAUAUUUCUAAUGCUUUUUGGAAGUGAAUUUUUAAAAACAAUAGGGAGCUACAACCAACUUGGAUUCUAAAUUUUGUUUCAUAUUAUCAAAUUAUAGAGCUUUUUCAACUAUUGUUAAAUAUGCAUUGUUUGUAAAACUUUAUGUUAUCAUCUGUGAAAGGCUAUGCACAGAUGUUACCAUGCCUAUAAAUACUAUAAUAAAUGUGUGAGUAACAGUUGUGAUAUUCUGUCUUCAACUCUCUAAUAUUGAUUAUAAUCACUGAAUAGAAAGAUAAGGUAUAAUACUGCAAGAAAAAUUAUUAAAUAUCAUUUAUCUUAUAACAUAUAAUUUAGAGUGUAAACUUCAAAUUUUGAUACCCUGUAAUAAUCACAUCUGACACCAUCAAAAGCCAAUAAUUUUAACCAUUAUAUGUCAUAAUAAGAUAAAAUGUUUUUUGCAUUUCCACCAAAGAUUUAUUAGAUACUAGAAAUAACUCGCUAAACAAUGGUGUCAGAAAUGAGUGAACUUCCCAUCUACUAAAGUCACUUGACAAAACAUGUAUUCAAGUCAUGCACUUUAUUAUAAAAAUCCUAAUGAGUGCUAACUUGUGGAAAGUUUUAUUUUUCUCGUUUAUAUUCAUACCUUGAAAAUUAUUAUUUGUAAUUUGAUUUAUGAAAAGUGAGUGUAUUUUUUCAGGCAAAGAAUGAGCUGGAGAGAACAAGAUAAUUUCAUUGUUGAAUCAGCUGAAAAUCCUGAACCAGAGGAGGACUCCGAUUUGCCAGUUAGACUGUGGCAAAAUGUUGAAGAGAUGGAACUUCGGACAGAGGAAGAGGGACCGGAAGAUGACUUAGGAAUGACACAUCAGGUUUCUAUAGCUAGCAGCCAUUCUGAUUUUAUUUCACACAACAGCCCAGCAACUGCUGGGACUAAUGAGUUAAAUCAUGAUACAUACGUAGAAAAUGACAGCAUUAGAGAAGAGGCACAUGAACCCUCUGUUUCUGAAGAUGGGGGACCAAAUGUGAAUAGAGAUAACGAGUCUCUUAAUGUGGUCAAGGAAGGAGCUGCAGAAGAUAGCUUUGAACAGGAUGAAGAGACAGCAGCACCAGAAUGUGAGAACAAUGUGAAGCAUGAAACAUGUAGUGAGAGUGAUGGGCAGCUCAUACAUAACAACAUAAUAUCAUCCAAUUUAGAAUUAAAUGACAGUUAUCUCUACCAAUCAUUUGGUGAAAAAAAAUUGACUGAUAAUAUAGAACUUGAUAACCAUGCUAAUGAAGAAAACAUCCAACUGAGAGAGCAAUCAUGCUCUGAUAAUUUGACUUUAUCUCAG